AUCGCUCACUGGCUGCUACAGGAUGUUUCUGCUGCUCUUGUCGCCUCUGCCAGCGUCAGCUCCAGAGCCAGAAACGCCAGGGAUUGCUAAGGAGCUUUUGAGACCUGCAGUCUGCCUGGCCGGCAUUCACGUGAACGAAGCAUGGCAAGAAGGACCCAGUUUAACACCUACCUUUUACCCAAGAUUGUCCCAGGCCGCAGGAGGACAGCGAAUGGCCACAGUGGAUCCGGCUCAGGAGCCAGUGACCUUCGCAGAGGUGGCCGUGUGUUUCGGCAGGGAGGAGUGGGCGCUGCUGGACCCCGCUCAGCGAGCCCUCUACCGGGACGUCAUGGUGGAGACCUAUGAGGCUGUGGCCUCCCUGGCACAGUUUCCAGUCCCCAAACCUCAGAUGAUCUCGCAGCUUGAAGAAGGAGGAGAUCCCUGGAUCCCAGAUCUGCAAGGCCCGGAGGAAGUCGCAGGAGAUGUCAGCACAGGUGACAGGAUCAAGCAGGAAAAGGAGAGAUCUCAGCAUGGUGGUUUUGCCCCAAGGGAGCAGAAUGGGACUUUAGUCAGAAAAAUCGCAAGGGAUGUUCCUGGGGGCCAGGAGCAAGGACAACGCAGUGAGAGGCCACUGGGAAACCCCCCAGUAAAGAAAAUGAGGAAACCCUUGGACUGCAGAAGGAGACGAAAACAGCCUAAAGAAAGCCGGGCCAAGCGACUCCAGCUGGGGGAAGGACAGAGCACAUGCAGUGAGUGCGGGAAAAGCUUCAGCAGCCGAUCCCACCUCGUCAUCCACCAGCGCAUCCACACGGGAGUCAAACCCUACACGUGCCCCGAGUGCGGCAAGAGCUUCAACCAGAGCCCAAACCUCGUGACCCACCUGCGGAUCCACACGGGAGAGAGGCCUUACAAAUGCCUUGAGUGUGGGAAAAGCUUCACUGCAAACUCCACCUUCAUCAAACACCAGCGAAUCCACACGGGAGAGAAACCUUACAAGUGUCCCGAGUGCGGAAAAAGCUUCAACCAGAGCUCGGACCUCAUUCGGCAUCAGAGACUGCACACAGGGGAGAAGCCAUUUAAGUGCCCGGACUGCGGGAAACGAUCCAGCGACAGCUCAGCCCUUAUCGUACAUCAGAGAAUCCACACGGGCGAGCGGCCCUACAGCUGCCCUGCCUGCGGGAAGAGCUUCACUUGCUCUUCGCACCUCAUCACCCACCAGCGGACCCACACAGGGGAGAAGCCCUACAAAUGCCCUUACUGCAGGAAGCGGUGCCGCGUCAAGUCGGCCCUCAUUAUCCACGAGCGGAUCCACACGGGCGAGCGGCCCUAUAAAUGCCCCCACUGCGAGAAGUGCUUCAGUAGCCGUUCACACCUGAAUUCUCACCAGCGGAUACACACGAAAGAGAAGCGCCACAAACCCAUCCGUUGCGGAGCAGGAGGCGAGGACCCCCAUGAAACCUCGGCUCAAUUGAAAAUCCAUGCGGAGGAAAGAAAAUACGCUUGCACAGAGUGCGGGAAAAGCUUCAACUGGAGCUCGCAUCUCAUUCGACACCAGAGAACCCACACAGGUGAAAGCCCCUAUGAAUGCCUCGACUGCGGGAAGAGCUUCAAUCGGAGCUCGAACCUCCUUAGACACCAACGAACCCACACGGGAGAGAAACCCUACAAGUGCUUCGACUGCGGGAAGAGGUUCAUUCAGAGCUCGGAGCUCAUCACCCACCAGCGAAUCCACACAAGGGACAAGCCUUACCAGUGCGCCGACUGUGGGAAGAGCUUCAGCCACAGCUCGAACCUCAUCAAGCAUCGGAGGAUCCACACCGGGGAGAAGCCGUACGAAUGCCUGGACUGCGGCGAGCGCUUCAACCACAGCUCCAACCUCACUAAGCAUCGCCGAAUCCACGCCGAGGAGAAACCCUACAAGUGCCUCGAGUGCAGGAAGGGCUUCACUCAGAGCGCAGAACUCGUUGCCCAUCACAGACUGCACGUCGAGAAGAAAUCCUAUAAGUGCACUGAGUGCGGGAAAAGCUUUAACCACAGCUCCAACCUGAUCAAACACCAGCGGAUCCACACAGGCCAGAGACCUUACAAAUGCCUGGACUGCGGGAAAAGCUUCAUCCAGAGCUCAAACCUCAUUAAACAUCGGCGAAUCCACACAGGAGAGAGACCCUUCAAGUGUCUCGCCUGUGGGAAAAGUUUCAUCCAGAGCUCCGACCUCAUUUCCCAUGAGAGAACCCACAGCGGAGAGAGACCCUGAGGCCACACCGGAGAGCGACCCUACAAAUGCCCCGAGUGCGAGAAGACCUUCAGCCACAGCUCAGCCCUCCUGAAACACCAGCAAAUUCACAUGGGGGAGAGACCCUUCAAGUGCCCCAACUGUGGGAAGCGCUACAAUGACAGCUCCACCCUUCAGUGGCACCGGAGGAUCCACACCGAGGAGAGACCCUAUAAAUACCCCUACUGUGGGGAACGUUUCGGGGUGAACUCGGCUCUCCUGAGACAUCAGCGGUUCCAUACUGAGGAGAGGCCUUAUAAAUGUCCCGACUGUGGGAAAAAUUUCCAAUCAAAUUCUCUCCUCAUCACCCACCAGCGAAUCCACACGGGAGAGAAACCCUAUACUUGCCCCAUCUGUGAAAAACCCUUCCGCCAGAGCUCCCACCUUACAAGACACCAGAAAAUCCACACCAGAGAGAAGCCUCACAAGUGUCCAGACUGUGGGAAAGCCUGCAGUGACAGCUCAAGUCUCUUCUUGCACCAGAGUAACUGCAAGGGUGAGAAACCCUACAAGUGCCUCGACUGUGGUGAGAGCUUCAGCCAGAGCUCUGGCCUGAUCCGGCACUGGAGAGUCCACACAGGCGAGAAGGCCUAUUGCUGCCUGGUGUGUGGGAAGCGCUAUGCUCGGAGGCCAGACCUCCUCAAGCACCAGCAAAUGCACCCAGCAGAGAUGCCCUAUGAUGUGACAGCAAGUGAGGAUGAAACCAGGAUCCCGAAGCAGGAGAUUUCUGGAGAAGAGGAAGAGCAUGAGACAUUCCCAGGAAUGAUCGGAGAGGAUGUUCUGCAUGGUCAGGAGCUGGAGAACCAGCAUAGGAAAGAAAGGCAACAGAGAAGCCAGAAAGGGAUGCUACAGAAUAGAUUCACCCUGCAAGGAGGCAGCCUAGAUGAUGGAAAGGAAACCACAGGACAGGCGCGAGUCUUUGCAAAAAAGAAGGUAUAUGAGUGCACAGAGUGUGGGAAGACCUUCAACUGGAGAUACAGCUUGUACAGACAUAAGAGGACCCACACUGGGGAGAGGCCCUAUGAGUGCCCUGAGUGCUGGAAGACCUUCAGUGAUCAUUCAAAUUUCAUUUCCCACCAGAAGAAUCACCGGGGAGAGAAACCCUACAAGUGUCUUGACUGCGGGAAAAGUUUUGGCCAGAGCACAACGCUGCUUUCCCACCAGAGAAGCCACACGGGGGAAAAGCCGUAUCUCUACUCUGACUGUGGGAAACACUUUGCCCGGAGGCAAAAUCUUGUUGAUCAUCAGAGCAUCCACACAGGAGAGAGGCCAUAUGGCUGUCCGGACUGCGGGAGGAGGUUCCGGAGGAAUACGGACCUUAUUUACCACCAGCGAAUCCACACAGGGGAAAGACCCUAUAGAUGUCCUGACUGUGGGAAGGGUUUCACUUGCAGAUCAAAAAUGAAUGAGCACCAAAGGACCCACACAGGGGAAGCCCCAUACAAGUGCUCUGUGUGUGGGAAACGCUAUAAGGCCAAGGUCUCCCUGACGUCCCAUCUGAAGCUGCAUAUGUGAUAUGGGCUCUGGGUGCUCUCAAGGUGGGUUGGUGGCUCUGUGCCCUUUUGGGAAAUGGAGAGGAAGAACAUGCUAAGUUCAGGGAAGGCCCUCAAAGGUUAUUGGGUGGAUGCUUGGUUUUUGCAGCAGUGAGUUUAGGACCUGGAGGUAUGAGGACUUGGUGCUGUGUGAUGGAUCUUUCCCAAGCAGUGAGAACUGGUGAUACAGCCAGUGGCAGUGACAGAAAUGGCAGUGGCAUACAGUCGUUUCUAGGGCAUCACUCACCCUUAGAAGAGACCAUGCAGGUUGUCUCUCCUUCCUGAAGCUCUUCAUGUCCAUGCAGAUAAGGCCAGGGGACGUUAUAAGGUUGGAAGGCAAUGUGUGGGUGCCAGGAACAUUGGAUUUAUCCAUGGAGCCAAGGCAGAGGCCCAGUAGAAGGCCUGAUGUCCUAUAGUGAUCCUUGAGAAUGUGUCUCUGAGCAGCAGGAGAAUCACCUGCCGAGGCCAAGACACCAUGCCAGUGGGAACAGAACAUGUGGGCCUUCUGGGGUCCAUCCUCAUCUCUCCCCUGGGGUAAAUUUUGCUUUCACUCAGCUAGCAGUCACUCUUGGGUUUUUUCUGUCUGAAUCACUCAUUUUCAAGUUCUUGCCAAGUUGCUGGAUACAUUCCUGACUUCUUUCCUUGAGCUGUUUCUUCCAUCUCAGACAUACAACUUCAACUGUUUAACCAUCAAAGGCAGAUGCAUCAAAAUCAGAUUUCUCUCUUUUAUUUUUUUGGACUCAGAGAUGGCUAUGAGAUUUGCAAGCACUUUUGAACAUAUCAAAUAUAACUCUUCACCUUCCAGUUCUGCCCCUUUUGCACAUUACUGGACAGUCACAUUAAAAUAUCUUAGAUUUUCCAUUAUCUGUGUGCUUAGUUCUGGCUGAAACAAAACAAAACACACCUACCCCAGUGGCUUCCCAAGACUGAGCUCCCUGGCUCUUUCUGAAGCCAUCUCAACCCCCCAUUCCAGUUUGGUGGUGGGACAGGGGCACCAGUAUGUCAUGUAUUUAAAUGUUAGUAUGACAUUAUGUUGCUGUGUGUGCAGGCAUCAGCUGUUUAUGGGACAGGGCACAUCAAAUUCCCACUUCCACGUGCUGUAUCACCCCAAAUACAACCCAUGCCAGCGGCUGUUCAGCCUCCGGAGCUCUAGUUUGACCACCCAGUCCUGCCUUAAUGGUCCUGGCCAGCCUCACCUGGGACCUCCACCCACACCCUGCCUGUGGCCCCAGGCUCUAUUUAAGCUCAGUCCUGGGCCCUCCGCCUCUUCCCCGGCUUUGUCAGAGGUGCCCCCAAGCUCUGAACACAGCCAGCCCCACCUGCAGUCUGCAGGCAAGUGGCAAGGAAAGGGUUCAGCGUGAGCUCAGACUGAGUUGCACAUUAAGAAACGCCCACACACUGGUCUUAGCAUCUUCUAACUAGCCUUGGAAAAAGGCUUGGGGUGAUCAUUUGUCCAGCAUGAUGCAGAUAGGCGCAAGGAUUAGCAGAGUCUGCUCAUACUGACCAUCUACCAGCUCUCCGCCACCUCAGUGUCUGGGACCUGACCAGAGACAUCAAGCAUGGGGAGUUAAUGGGCACUGACUAGGAGCUGGUUACACUUCUGCACCCAUGCUGAUGACAGCUGCAUGACCCAUGCAUCUUCUAUUUUAAAGCUGGACAUCCCUGUCGUUCCAGACUUGCUGCUUUAAACCACCAGGUACUGUUCUGGCUUGUUUCUGCUGUCCUCCAUGCUUUUUGCAGCACCAGCAACAGCACCCCAAUGCAACAUGAUGUCUGGGCAGCAGGUUUUACCUACAUAUUUCAGUUCUACCUGGUCAAGCCUUGCCACUUCCCGGGUCUUUUUUCCACCAGGAUUUCAAGACAAAUGACUUGGCCCUGAACCGAGCAUGUAGGAUUCAUGAGGCACGGCUAAAUCUAGGCAAAAACUCCCGGAAAAUCUCCCACAGAUCAUUUCAAGAGCUGCAUUGAACUUGGUUCUAGUCUAUGUUAUUCCCAUCAGCUGAAUAUCCAGCAGCCAAAAACUGCAGCAGGAGAAAUCAGGGUGGUUAGGAGAACAUGUGAGGGUGUAUAGCUGCCGGGGUGGUUGUCUCACCUUUCAACUUACCCCUUUGUACUCUGUCUUUCCUGGUGCUGAGUCUUUCCCCGCCACCACUGAAUUACUCCUUGCUGCAACAUCUGCUGCCGACACCUCGGCUCUAGCACAUGAGUUGCCAGCUGCUCACAGGUGGGAGGCUGUGGG